AUGAACAACGCAAGACUCGAUUUCGUCUAUGAGCAGGUCGCAGGCUUCAUGCUGCAGCUUUCGCGCCUGUCCUUCUCGCGCAUCGGCGCCGUCUCUCGAAACGAAACGUCUGGCCAGUGGGAUGUUGUUACCAGACGACCCCUGACGUACGACAUGAACGAGCUCGUCACUCUCGGCGGCUGUCCCGCUGACCGUCUCCCCGAAUCAGCUGCGCCGUUCGACCGCGCCAGUCGUUUCUUCUGCGCCUGCUCACAGUCCCUCCAAGUACAUCUUGAGGUCCAGCGCAAUAUUGCCGGCAACGAUGAGGCCCUGGCCUGGAGCCAGUUCGUCGCUCGCCGUCAACUGCCACACAUGCCAAUACCGACUGGGCCGUUCCGGCUCUUCUGCGACGACCUGCGGCCUACCAACAUGCUUGUUGAUCCGGAAACGCUUCGGAUAACCGCGGUCCUCGACCUAGAGUUCACCAACGCUAUGCCGGCGCAGUUCGCCGAGGACGUACCCUGGUGGUUGUUGCUCCAACACCCGGCCGUGUGGGUCGGCGAGGGCAAGCUUGAAGAGUUCCUGUCCCUCUUCCAGCCGCGGAAAGAGCAGUUCCUUCGCGCCAUCGAGCGCGUCGAGGCCACGUCAACGUUAGCGGCGGCGGAGGAGGAGGCGAGUCUCUCGUCCCGGAUGCGAGACUCCUGGGACAACGGGCGUUUUUGGUUCAACCUCGCGUCUCGGAGCAGCUUCGACGUGGACGAGAUUUACUGGGCGGUCUUGCAUCAAGAUGGUGUUUCUGUGGGUGAGUCGGACAGCCAGGCGCUGCAGGAGAAAGAGGCCUUCCUGCGGCGGAAGAAAGCUCAGUUUAACGAGUAUAGAAGAGAGAAGGAAAGCGACGAGCGCUUCGAUGUUUAG